CAAGGACGCCGGUCGCACCGCAGGUGACGCGAGAGAUCUGUCGCCAUGGAUUUCUUCAAGUCCGUCUUCGCGUCCGAUCCGGCGACCACCCCGCAGAAUGAAUCUCCGUCGGAAUCACCCAGCCGCCUUCCGGAAGCUAACGAGACAGGCGGCAACAGCGGUUGGAGAGGGCUCAUCAAGACCUUCGCCACCAAGUCCGAGUCGGUGAUUCAGACCUACCGCCGGGAUCUGGAGGAGUUCGGGUCCGGCCUCAAGAAGGAGACGGAGGCGCUUCGGGAGGUCGCAUCGCAAGCGGUGCGCCACCUCCCAGAUUCGCUGGAGGCUCGUGCCUCCGCCGCCCAGGAAUCGCUCGAGUCCGUCGGCCAGGUCAUCGACGAGUUCGGCGGCUCCGUCUGGCGGGGGACGGAAGAGUUGAUCUCGCAGGGUAAGGCAUCUAUCCUGGCGAUGGAGGGCGAGGGCAGCGGCAGCGACCGCGACCGGUACUCUUCCGAUCAUGGGCAGCAGAGCGGGACCCCUGCUUCGAUGAGGUACAGCCGGUUCGAGGUGCAGGUCGUCGCGAUCCAGUCCGACAUGAAUACCUUCUCAGAGGAGCCGGAGGAUGUCCAGGGUUUCAAUAAUUGGAAGUUGGGAUUUGAUUUGGCUACGAAAGAGGAUGAGAUCGAGAAGCUGUGCUUCGAGAAUGGGGCGCUGGAGGGAUUUCUCGAGAAGCUGGUGCCGCGAUCGAUGGAUUACGAGACCUUCUGGCUCCGCUAUUACUAUCGUGUCCACAAGCUCAAGCAAGCAGAGGAUGCAAGGGCAAAGCUUGUCAAAAGGGUAAUUUCAGGGGAUGAAGAGGAGGAUUUGAGCUGGGAAGUGGGUGAUGAUGACCAAAGUGAUGAAGAAAGUAAGAACGACGACGACAAGAAAGGGAGGGACUUCAGGCAGGCUAACGAAAAGAAAGUGGAAGUAAAGAAGGAUGAGAUUGUCAAGAUGGAGCAGAAAGACCAAAUGAACAAUGAGCCUAUUCCAAGCGUGAAAAAUGUGGAGGUAUCUCAGGUUCAAGACUUGGAUGCUUCGAACAAAAAUGACAAUGGUGCGACUUCAGAUUCAGCAAAUGCAGAUGAGAGUCAGAAGAAUAAGGAGAUCCGAAAAGAAGAUACUAAAUCUGAGCUUGUCAGGGUAGAGAAACAUGCCGAGGUUUCUCAAGUCGACAAAUUGGAAGCUUCAACAGAAAAUGUUGAUGAGACUUCCAAUUUGGAAAAGCAAUCGAAGUCUGAAUUUGCAGGUGAUGGCAUAAGCUUAAGGUCAGAUGAUAAGACAGAGCAAAGAGGGAAGGUGGAUACUGGUGAGUCAGUCGAGGACAGCAGCCAUUACUUUGGCUCAAGCCAACCUUCUGCGCAGGAGGAAGAUCUUGAGUGGGAUGAGAUUGAGAAUCUUGGUGAACAUGAUGAGACAAAAUCUGCUGAGACUAGCGUAAGCCCUCUAAAUCGAGAUUUGCGCAAGAGGCCCAUUGUUGUCGAAGAAGAUGAGGAUCUGAGUUGGGAUAUUGAAGAUGAUGACGAGCCUACCAAACCUUGAGUUGAAGGUUCUGAACUUGGGAAGACUAUUGGCAGUACUAAGUUGAACGCAGACCUUUACCUUCGGAGAGUGAUGUGUCCCUAUUAGACAACACCAAAAAUUUCCCGUAUGGUUUCCUGCCAAAAUAAGAAAUAUAAUGACGGAGCGGAACUACAGGUUACGGCAUUUAAAUUUCUUGUACUUGUAAAAAAUGUUUCCCUCGAUCAAUAAAGACUGGAUUUUCAAUAUGAA